CCCUCUCUCUCCGCUCCCCGUUCUCAUCUCCACUUGAACUAUUCGUGCAUUUAAUCUUAAAUGCCACAUGUAGAGUUGGCUCACUCCCAGUCUCCCAGUCUCCCCCUCUUCUCUCUCUCUCUCUCUCUCUCUCUCUCUCUCUCUCUCUCUCUCUCUCCUCGUCUCUCCCUCUCUCUCUCUUCACUCUCUGCUCCUCUCUUCGCCACCUGUUAGUCUCCCUCUCCUCUCCGCACUGGGAUCCCCUCUUUUUUUAUGAGGAGUUUCACACUUGUGUUAUCACUGAGCCCUAUGACUGUGCGGAAAGGAAAACGUUUAGGCAUCUCCAUCCAGGAGCACAUGGCCAUCGACGUCUGCCCGGGCCCCAUCCGGCCCAUCCGGCAAAUCUCUGCUUACUUCCCUCGCCUCUCGCCCACUUCUUCCUUCAAUGAGCCCAUUUCGCCGAAUCAGCUGGCGGCCCCCGCCCCGCUCAGCCCUGGCCUCGCAUGUGGAGAUGGGGGGGCAGUCGGCGGGGGAGGAGGUGGUGGGAGCAGCGGCCUGUUGUCCCCUUUUUUACCGGGGGUGGCGGGCGGAGGGGGCUCGCUAUCAGCCAUGAGCAGCAUGGACACCUCCAUCGAGAUUGACAGCUGUGACAGCGACGACAGCACCGCCCUGGGGACUUUGGAGUUUGACCUCCUGUACGAGCGAGCCACCAGCUCCCUACACUGCACAGUCAUGAGAGCAAAGGGUCUGAAACCGAUGGAUUUCAACGGUCUGGCAGAUCCUUACGUCAAGCUGCAUCUUCUGCCCGGAGCCUGCAAGGCCAAUAAGCUGAAAACAAAGACUGUCCGCAACACGCUGAACCCCGUGUGGAACGAGACGCUCACCUACUGUGGAAUCACGGAGGAGGACAUGUACCGCAAAACACUCCGGGUGUCCGUGUGCGACGAAGACAAGCUGACACAUAAUGAGUUCAUCGGGGAGUCGCGGGUGGCCCUGCGCCGCGUGAAGAUGGACCAGACCAAACACUUCAACAUCUGUCUGGAGCAUCCACCUCCUCUGCCGUCACCGACCGCCAUGAGCUCAGCCCUGAGAGGAAUCUCCUGCUACCUGAGAGAGUGGGAGACGGAGCAGCAGAGGAGUCUGGAGGAAAGAGGCCGUUUGCUGCUCUGCCUGCAGUUCCUCCCCCCGGCCUGUGAGGACGACCUGAAGGGUGAGGCCAAGGAGAGGGCUCGCGGCGGCCUGUGCGUGGGCGUCAAGCGCUGCGCCCACCUGGCGGCCAUGGACGUCAACGGCUACUCGGACCCCUACGUCAAAACGUAUCUCAAGCCCGACGUUCAGAAGAAAUCCAAGCACAAAACCGCCGUCAUAAAAAAGACUCUCAACCCGGAGUUUAAUGAGGAGUUCUUCUAUGAGAUCUCCUUCUCAGAGCUGGCCACCAAGACGCUGGAGGUGACGGUGUGGGACUACGAUCUGGGAAAGUCCAACGACUUCAUCGGGGGUGUGUCCUUGGGGUGUCACUCGCAGGGAGAGACUCUGCAGCACUGGAUAGAAUGUCUGAAAAACAAGGGCACGAAGGUGGAGCGCUGGCACACGCUGACCAACGAGCUGCCGGGAUCCACGGUGCAGGAAUGAACUGAGCCUCCUGCACCCCCCCGACACCGAGGAGACCACCGGAGGACGAGAGAGACGUUACAUCGCAUGCUCCGAGGACUUUCUGCAUGACUGUGACGGAUUCAUAUCCUACUUUCUCUGUGUCAUAAAACGAGUUCAUAAUUCACGACAGCAUCAUCCCAAAGGGUUUCCAUUCAGAGAUCAAUGCUCUAAUCGUGGAGCUAAAUAGACCUGAUUCAAAUCGGGGGAGACCAUCCCUGCCACAAGGCCUCCGAGAGGGAGAAUAUUCAUAAUCAUAUUCAUGGGGAUCCAUGUCCCUUUUGUGCAUUUUGUGUUCAUCUACAUGCUCCUGCGCACUGCGCCAAGCCGGUCAGAUUUCAAUCACAGAGAAAAUUGAAAUCGUGAAAAAGCCAAAGGAGACAGAAAGUUGAAUCAUCCUGCGGUUCGCCUCUCGUGUCCGGUUCUCUGGCUCUUCCUGAAUUUGGCCUGUUACUCUCAUCCACCGCUGACGUUUGACCGGCUCCAUCUUGGCUCCAUCCUGUCUCACGGCACACAUACCUCUCCCUUGCAAUAAUGUAUUUGCCUAAAUGCUUCCGAAGAUUUCCAAGUGGUCUUACUACUGUUUUGUAUCUAUGGAUCUGAUUGGGCGUUGGAUUGCCUGCACACAGCACAACCUAAUAAGAUAAUUGGUUCUUCCAUGUUGAUGGUUUGUGUCCAGUAUGUUUGCAUGUUUUGGUGUUGACGGAACAAACUUAAAGACGAAUAUGUGCCGGACUCUGCCGCAGGGCGAAGUGUUCAUCAUGGUGUCGUGACCCUGCUGAGGUGUGUGGCUCUGAUCAACUCCAGACCAUGUUGGUUCCACUCACGGUUGUUUCGAUGUGUUUUCUUAUUGAUGACAAGCUGAUGUUUACCUACUUUUUAUUUAUGAGGAGGAGGACGGUGGUGUAAUAAAGAGGAGAGGUUUCAGAGCAGGCUGUUGUGCGUGCUCGUCGUACUCUGGCUCUCUGACUCUCCAUCGCUGCUGCUUUACUCUGGUUUACAGGUUUUAAUUGUACACACGCUGCCGUGGUCCAUGAGGCAUGCUGAAGAAACCAGUGGUGUUCAUAUGUAAAUAGAUAUUGUGACGUCUGGAUGUUUGUCCUCUGGAACAUAAAGUGUGCGCAUGGUUCGUUUUCUUUUUCAUAAAAACAUUCUUAUUGAUUUAUUGCGUGAA